AUGACCCCCCCAUCCCGGUACCGGCCUGGGAACCAUCGCGAACCUCACAUCCACCGGGAAGAAUAUACAGACGCCGCUUCCGCUUGUGCUUUCCGCAAGAUGAAUACGUACGUCUCUGUUGCCUAUUCCCAUCAACACGCUCACAUGAAGCUCCGCAGGCCUAUGAAGAAAGGGAAGAAGGCGUGUACCGAGUGCCGCCAGCAGAAAGCCAAAUGUGAUGUUUAUCUGAACCCCGAGGAGCCUUGUACCCGAUGCCGCAAGGUCGGCGCACGUUGUGUUAUAUCUGACCCCUUUAAGAGGGAGCACAAACGCAAACGUCUGUCUGAAUUAGAACAGGAAUCAGAGGAGCUUCGACAGAAGAUCCGGUCUUCGCAAGAUGUGGAACCGCACCCGUCGCCCAUCGCCCUGCUCACAGCAGCGGCGGAGAUGGAAGGACGGGCAGGACCAGCACCCGCGUCGCUUCCAACCUCUUCCGACGUGCCGCCUAUAUCACACUCACCAAACCUGCCGUUACCAGCACUUCAAAAUCCGGGACCGGAGCUCGAAGGAGCUGACCUGACCCAGUCGCGGAUGUUGGACGGCACCCGGGUCACCGGGGAGGAGAUUGAUGACAUGUUUACGCUAUUCUUUAAAUACUACGCGCAAUUUCUGCCGAUCCUUGAUCCGCGGAUUCGUCCCAACACAUACUACUCACAGUCUCCAUUUUUGUUCUGGUCGGUGAUCGGUGUCUCCUGCCGGGCGUAUCCUCGAAACCCGACAUUGCUGAUGGCGCUGGCACGGAGCAUCACCGAAAUGGCAUUCUUGUCGGUGCUGUCACCGUUCCCCUCGUGGCACACCAUUCAGGGCUUCUUGCUACUGCUGACCUGGCCGUUUCCCAAAGAGAAUCGGUCUGAUGUGAUAUUCCCAAUGAGUGGGAUGCUGCUGCACAUUGCCAUGCAGAACGGACUUCAUAUUCCCAUGUCGAGCCACGAAUUCUCGAGAGUGAAAAUGCCAGCGCCAUCCGAGGCGGACAUGACUCGUCGAUCGGAGUUGUGGGCUCAUGUGGUUGUUGUCUACCAACGCACAAGUGUCAUCAAGGGCCAGUCACCACGAGUGUUAAUGAAUAUGGCACAAGAUCCCGCGCAACGGCAUGUACUCCUUGGUAGGGUUGCCCCAUUCUUGGCCUUGAAGCUUCGAUGUCAAGAGUUGAUUGCACGCUGCAGCGAAGCGGUGUUGGAAAAUGGCGUUCGGUCUAUGUCACUAGACCAAGAGCGCGCUUUAGACAUUUUGCUGCGGACCUAUGAAAGCCAAGUGGAUGACCUGGAACUGCAAGCUGUGACAGAUGACGACAAGUUUCAUACAUCGCUCUGCCGUAUGGCGAUCCAAAGUUUUCAUUUUUACAAAAGUCAGACGAUGCUUUCCACGGCAUGCCUACCACGGCUCAUGAUUACCGCCUGCGAUUUGAUCGACUAUAUUCAAGCUCUGGGGAGCCGACUGGGCUUCUUGGUCAUGGCCCCCGUCCAGAUCGGGUUUGGGCUUCUCUUAGCAUCGACCUCUCUCCUCCGCAUCCUCAAGAGCCCCAUGGCCACCGAGGGCCUGGAGACAGUACGCGCGCGAUCUUCGUUUUUCCUCGCCAUCAACCUGGCGCAGCAGAUGUCGGUCGAAAGGACCGACCUAGCGGCCAAGACGGUGACGAUCCUCACGCAGCUCUGGAACAGCAGCAAAGUAUUUCGCAAAGCUGAUGGGUCCGAGUACACGGGACUGCGCAUCCGUAGCCGACUGGUGCUCAGCCAUAUCCUCGACACGGUCUGGUGGUGGCGGGAUGAAUUCGACCCUCAAUCCCGGGCUGUAGUGUUGGCCACCGAGGCUGACCCGGGAAGCUUAGGGUCUGGGGGCGACCUCAGCCGUGACCCUGGGGGCGCUCAACCGGCUACAUUCGCACCCGAUCGACAAGAGCCUGUUCAUCUGGACGAGCAGUUUCUUGCUGAUUUUGAGUGGGCCUUGGGGGAUGAUGCGUUACUUUCCAUGGAGCCGCUCUCGAUGAACUGGUCGACGAAUUUGCUGUGA